ACGGCGGGUACCCGUGCGCCCGGCGCUCACGCACGCGCGCUUGCGUGGACGUGCGCGAUCGCGCUGUCCCGUUGUUCCUGGUUUCCUGGGAGUCGCGGAGCUGACCCUGCGGCCCAAGAUGUCCGAGCUGCCCGCAGACAACGCUGUCCCGCAGACAGGCGAGGCAAGCGGUGACAGAGACGUCCCGCAGGCGGUAGGCUGCUGGAGCCAGGAGCCGGCCCCAGCGCAGCCUGAGGAGGCCGGGGAAAGCCCGGUGGCGGCGGCUCAGGAGGACCCGGUGGCGGCGGCUCAGGAGGGCGCGGUGGCGGCAGAUCUGGAAAGCCCGGUGGCUGCGGCUCAGGAGGGCCCGGUGGCGGCGGCUCAGGAGGGCGCGGUGGCGGCAGAUCUGGAAAGCCCGGUGGCGGCGGCUCAGGAGGACCCGGUGGCUGCGGCUCAGGAGGGCCCGAUGGCUGCGGCUCAGGAGGCUGCGGCUAAGGAGGGCCCGGUGGCGGCGGCUCAGGAGGGCCCGGUGGCGGCGGAUCUGGAAAGCCCGGUGGCUGCGGCUCAGGAGGACCCGGUGGCGGCGGCUCAGGAGGCUGCGGCUAAGGAGGGCCCGGUGGCGGCGGAUCUGGAAAGCCCGGUGGUUGCGGCUCAGGAGGGCCCGGUGGCGGCGGCUCAGGAGGGCGCGGUGGCGGCGGAUCUGGAAAGCCCGGUGGUUGCGGCUCAGGAGGGCCCGGUGGCGGCGGCUCAGGAGGGCGCGGUGGCGGCAGAUCUGGAAAGCCCGGUGGCGGCGUCUCGGGAGGUCCCGGUGGCUGCGGCUCAGGAGGGCCCGAUGGCGGCGGCUCAGGAGGACCCGGUGGCGGCGGCUCAGGAGGCUGCGGCUAAGGAGGGCCCGGUGGCGGCGGAUCUGGAAAGCCCGGUGGCUGCGGCUCAGGAGGGCCCGGUGGCGGCGGAUCUGGAAAGCCCGGUGGCGGCGGCUCAGGAGGGCGCGGUGGCGGCGGAUCUGGAAAGCCCGGUGGUUGCGGCUCAGGAGGGCCGGGUGGCUGCGGCUCAGGAGGGCCCGGUGGCGGCGGCUCAGGAAAGCCCGGGGGCGGCGGCCCGAGAAGUCCCCGUGGCAGCGGCCAGGGAGGGCCCGGGGGCGGUGGCCAGGGAAGGCCGCAUGGCGGCGGCCAGGGGAGGCCCAGUGGCCAGAGAAAGUCCGGCGGCGGCAGCCAGGGAUCCCCGGGUGGCAGAGGUCGCCCGAUUGUUCGGGGAGCCAGUGGAUGAAGAGGUUCCCGAGCCCAGGCCCAGGUCCAGGCACGGGAUCCCCGGGAGCCUGGCUGCAUUGCCGUAUCUCCGCCUCCGUCAACCACUUAGCGUUUUAGGCCUUAAUUACCAGCAGUUUCUCCGCCAAUAUCUGGAAAAUUACCCGAUUGCUCCGGGCAGAAUACAAGAGCUUGAAGAACGCCGCAGGCGAUUUGUGGAAGCCUGCAGAGCAAGGGAAGCAGCGUUUGAUGCCCAAUAUCUGCGUAAUCCUCAGAGGAUGGAUUUUGAUAUUUUAACAUUUACUGUAGCUCUGACUGCAUCUGAAGUUAUCAAUCCUCUGAUAGAAGAACUUGGUUGUGAUAAGUUUAUCAAUAGAGAAUAAUUAAGUGAUGAAUACUUAAAGAGAAUCUCUGCAUUCAAGACAGGUUUACCAGUCCUGUAACUUGAUGUUAAGAAGCCAGAGUAUAUUGAGAAUAAGGCAAUGCACAGUUGGGGGAGGGGGGAAGAAGCUUAUCACAAAAAAGCAUCACAAAAGAAAUUAGAAAGCAUUAUAAGACUCCUGUGAAGUUCUUUGAGUUUGUGAUUGAUCCACAUUUUUUUCCCUGCAUUAUGGAAAAUGUCUCUUAACAUUGCUUCAUUCAAAAGUGUAGAGUGGUUUUAUAAAAUCGAGACUCCAUGAAGAAAAAUCAAUAAUACAGCCAAUGGUGAUGAAAGAAGUGAAGAAUAAAGAAAGACUAGAUGAAAAGAAUAAAGAAUUACAGCUGAGACUUGAAGGCUAUGGCCAGAACUUGAAAUUGUCAGAAUAUGUGCUCUCUUCAUAUCGGAUUCAACAGAAGUUUCUAGUGUAAGAUUGAUUUUGUGUUUUCUGAGGCAUUUCAAGUGGCAAGCAAAGUAAAUAUUGUAUAUAUUACAUGACAAAUCAUGUUUUCAGGAAUACCAAAUUUCUGGAUUUUUUUCUUUCAAUUUUUAUUUUUAUUUAAAGUAGGUUUUUUUGGUACAUAAUGUAUUCACAAGCCAAAAAUAUAUAAAAUAUACUAUGAAAAGUC